AUGGGUCUUCGAGGUGAUGCCGACGCAGUCUCGGUUACUUCAAUCGACAAGGACGUUGAAAAGGUUGACCAGAUUGAGAUCUACAACCGCAACAAGUACGCCAGAAUUGGACUUACGGACGAAGAUGCCGACUUCUACACGAACUACCCAGAGGACGCCCGCAAGAAGCUCUUCAAGAAGAUUGACUUCAGACUGGUGCCAGUACUGGCUAUUCUAUACCUGUUCGCCCAUAUUGAUCGUGCCAACAUCGGAAACGCGAAGAUUGAGGGUAUGGUAGAGGACCUUGGAAUGACCGGCAUUCAAUACAACAUUGCUCUGAGUAUCUUCUUCAUUCCCUACAUCAUCCUCGAGGUGCCCAGCAACGUCCUACUCAAGAGGUUCAAGCGACCAUCAACAUAUAUCGGUAUCCUUGUUCUCUGCUGGGGUACCAUUAUGACACUUACUGGCAUUGUUAAGAAUUUCACUGGCCUCAUGAUCUGCCGUGUCCUCCUCGGUAUCCCAGAGGCUGGUUUCUUCCCUGGAGCCGUAUACUUGAUCACCAGUUGGUACCCCCAGAGACAGGUGCAGACCAGACUCGCCCUUUUCUACUGUGCCAGUGCGCUUUCUGGUGCCUUCUCGGGUCUUCUCGCCUUUGCAAUUGCCAAGAUGGACGGCAUGGGCGGUCUUGCUGGAUGGGCGUGGAUCUUUGUGCUCGAGGGCAUGGUCACGGUGCUCAUUGGUGUAGCUUGUUUCUUCGUCAUGCCCGAUACUCCCGCACUCUCCGGAAAGUGGCUCACUCCUGAUGAGCAGAAGUACCUUCUGAUCCAGAACAUCAUCAAGAACAACGGUACCGAGAAGCAUGAGAAGGGCGACAAGUUUAAGUGGACAUACCUCAAGGACCUCGUCACCGACUACAAGAUUUACCUUCAAGCAUGGAUCCUCUUCACUGCUUCCGUGUGUGCUUACGGUCUGAAAUUCACCAUGCCUUCGAUCACAAAGUCGAUGGGCUUCACCUCCUCGCAAGCUCAGCUCAUGACCAUCCCACCUUACGUUGCUGGCGCAAUCUCUGCUGUCGGCAUGUCUAAGCUCUCCGAUAGAUACCAACGCCGCUUCCCAUUCAUCUUUGGUCAGAUGCUUAUCGUCCUCGUCGGUUUCUGCAUUUUACUGCCUCUUGCACCCAACAUCAAGCACCAGAUUGCUGCCUGCUAUAUCGCCGUCGUCCUCAUCUGUAUCGGUCAAUACCCCACCAACCCUGCCGGCUCAGCCUGGAUCAGUGGCAAUCUUGCCGGUGAGCAGAAGAGAGCCAUGGGAAUUGCCCUUAAUAUUUGUCUCGGUAACUCUGGUGGAAUUGUUGGCUCGUACAUCUUCCUCGACUCAGAGAAGAAAAUUGGCUACCCUACUGGCUUCGGUAUCGGCCUUGCCUUUGCAGCCGCGACUCUCGUCAGCUCGAUUGUUCUCGAGUUGAGUUACAUGAGAAUCAACAAGAAGAGAGAUCAAUUCAGCGAGGAUGAGAUCAGACGCGAGUAUACCGAUGAGCAGUUGAUGAGACUUGGCGACAAGAGUCCACUGUUCAGAUACAAACUAUGA